AUGGCUGCGUGGCUGUCCUGGAGUAAAAUACAAAGGAAUGGAAGCUGGCGGCUGCCUUGCCUUAUUGCUGUGGCCCGUGUCUACUCCAGGGGCGCUUCCUCUGCCACCGCCUUCCAGGACAAACCUCGUGGAGUGGAGGACCUGCCUCAUGUCAGCCCCUUGGAGCUGAUUUACAGAAUGGUGUUUCAGGGUUUCUACAACCGUAUUCAUGAGUUACAGAUCUACGAGAAGCAGCUGUAUGGGCCCAUAUACAGAGACGGACUGAAGUCGGUGUCCGUGAACACUCCAAAGCUGCUGGAGGAAAUCAUGAGGAACGACGAGAAGUUCCCCAGCCGAGGAGACAUGUCUGUGUGGAAAGAUUAUCGUGACAUGAAAGGAGUCGGCUAUGGGCCUUUCACUGAGGAGGGGGACAAGUGGUACAACUUGAGGGUGAUGCUGAACAAGCGUAUGCUGCACCCGAAGGACUCUGAACAGUAUGGUGAGGUUAUCACUGACGUGGUUACAGACUUCACCAAGAGGAUCCACUAUCUAUGCCAGUGCAGCCCAACAGGAGAUCUGGUGACCAACAUGGCCAACGAGCUCUAUCUAUUCUCAUUGGAAGGUAUUGCCUCCAUUCUGUUUGAGACAAGGGUUGGGUGUCUGGAGAAAGAAAUUCCUGCAGGUACACAUGACUUUAUUAAUGCCAUAUCUCAGAUGUUCACGAACAGCAUGGCUGUGUUCGUACUGCCUAAAUGGAGCCGUAAUCUACUACCGUACUGGGGACGCUACAUCGCUGGCUGGGAUGGCAUCUUCAGCUUCUCUAAAAACUUGAUUGACAAGAAGAUGGAGGCUAUUCAGCAGUGUGUAGACAACAGCCAGGAUGUGAAGGGUGAAUACCUGACAUACCUCCUCUCAAACACUGAGAUGAGCCUCAAGGAUGUGUACGGCAGCAUCACUGAGCUUCUCUUAGCAGGAGUGGAUACGACAUCCAAUACCCUCACUUGGACUUUGCACCUGCUGUCCAGUCACCCUCAAAUCCAGGACAAACUUUACAAAGAAGGGUCCACAUUCAUCCCAGCAGAUCGGAUCCCCACCGCUGCUGAGAUCACUCGGAUGCCAUAUUUACGGGCUGUUGUCAAGGAAGCACUGAGGAUGUACCCUGUGGUUCCCAUGAAUGCAAGGAUCAUGACAGAAAAGAAUAUUGUUAUUGGUGGAUAUCAAUUUCCAAAGAAAACCUCUUUCGCGUUUUGUCACUAUGCCAUCAGUCAUGAUGAAGACACUUUCCCAGAGCCGUUCACAUUUAAGCCGGAGAGAUGGCUCCGUGACGGCCGUGAGAGGCCGAACCCAUUUGGCUCCAUCCCGUUCGGCUUUGGAGUGAGAGGCUGUGUCGGCCGCCGGAUUGCUGAGCUUGAGAUGUAUAUGGUUCUCUUUCAACUAAUCAGGCUGUUUGAAAUCAAACCUGACCCCACAAUGGGAAAGGUGAAAUGCAUCAGCCGUACUGUCCUGAUUCCAGACCAACCAGUAAACCUUCGCUUUGUGGACAGAAGAUGUGAAAACGCAGUUUAAUUUGUGUUUGCAGAUUGCUUUGAAUACAAAUGUUGCAUAUGAAUGAAAGAACUGUUUAUACCUAUUUUUAAGAAAUGUCUAUCAUACUAUAUGUAGAAAUGAGACUGUAGUAGCAGGUCUCAAACUUUUACUAUAAUGAAUGUGAAUGUAAAAAUGAAACUAAUGUUUAUGCUCAUACAUAUUAUAUUUUUAAAAGGCUAUAUAUAUCAUUGUUAAAAAAAAAAGGACAACACAAAGUUGCCCUUAAUGUUUUGAGGCAACUGAGGAACCACUGACCGCAAAGAUGACAUAAUAAAUGCUCAUUGUUCCCACAGACAAGACCCAGCAAUGCUUUGCUGAAUGUUGCGCUUUUCUAAGAAUGAAAUAAGGAUUGGGUAAUAAUGUGGUUACAUGAAUUUGCUGGUAACUUUUAAAGAAAAUAAAAUGGUCUCUUGUUCAA